GCCCAGUCUCUGCCUACGUCUGCUUCCUGGUGCCACGAGCUGGGCCCGCUUCCGGGACAGAGCUAUGCAGGCGCGUGCUGCCCUUCGGGAAGAAAGAGAAGCGGGCAGUCCGGGACUCGUCCCUUUUUUCCAGAGCUCCGAGAAGGGUGGCGGUUGGAGACACCUAAAGAACUCCUUCCUCCCUUUACCCACGUCCUCUGUCCUCUACCGGGGAAAGGCAAGACCCGGGGGGCGGAACAAAGGCGAAAUCUCGCCCAAGGAGCCCCACAGAGGUGUCAGGGACAGAGGGCAGUGGGGUGGAGCUCGGGCGGCUACUCGAGUGCCCCUCUGCGACUGGGAGGUCAGAACUAAGUACCAGCCCCCGGUCUCCUCUCAGGGAAAGGGGUGGUCCUGGAGCCUGCUGCAAAGUAGUCUCCUUUGGUUGUCCAUCACAACGUGGAAAAUAAACCAGUCAGAUUUCUUUGCUCUGGGAAAUAGUAACCCCAACGAAUACACCUGCUUGCAGGGACAGAGGAUGUGAUGGAGUUGCUUGAAGAAGAUCUUACAUGCCCAAUUUGUUGCAGUCUGUUUGAUGAUCCUCGAGUUUUGCCUUGUUCGCACAACUUCUGCAAAAAAUGUUUAGAAGGGAUUUUAGAGGGAAAUGUACGGAAUUCAUUGUGGAGAUCACCUCCAUUCAAGUGCCCCACUUGCCGGAAGGAAACUUCAGCUUCUGGAGUCAAUAGCCUGCAGGUUAAUUACUCCUUGAAGGGUAUUGUGGAGAAGUAUAACAAGAUCAAGAUCUCUCCCAAAAUGCCCAUGUGCAAAGGACACUUGGGGCAGCCUCUCAAUAUUUUCUGCUUGACUGAUAUGCAGCUGAUUUGUGGGAUCUGUGCUACCCGUGGCGAUCACACUAAACAUGCCUUCUGUUCUAUUGAAGAUGCCUAUGCUCAGGAAAGGGACGCCUUUCAGUCCCUCUUUCAGAGCUUUGAGACCUGGCGUCGGGGAGAUGCUCUUUCUCGCUUGGAUACCCUGGAAACUAACAAAAGGAAAUCUCUACAGUUACUGACUAAAGAAUCAGAUAAAGUGAAGGAGUUUUUUGAGAAAUUACAACACACAUUAGAUCAAAAAAAGAAUGAAAUCUUGUCUGACUUUGAGACCAUGAAGCUUACAGUUAUGCAAGCCUAUGACCCAGAAAUUAACAAACUCAAUACCAUCUUGCAGGAACAGCGAAUGGCCUUUAACAUUGCUGAGGCCUUUAAAGAUGUGUCAGAACCAAUCAUAUUUCUGCAGCAGAUGCAGGAGUUCAGGGAGAAAAUAAAAGUAAUCAAGGAAACUCCUCUACCUCCCUCUAAUUUGCCCACGGGUCCUUUAAUUAAAAACUUUGAUACCAGUCAGUGGGAAGACAUAAAACUAGCAGAUGUAGAUAAACUUUCUUUGCCUCAAGACACUGACACAUUAAUUAGUAAGAUUCCCUGGAGUUUUUAUAAGUUAUUUCUGGUAGUCAUUCUGCUUGGCCUUCUCAUUUUCUUCAGUCAUGCUAUAUUCCUAGAAUGGUCUUUAUAUGAUGAAUUCUCAAGCUGGAAAGACCAUCUUUCACACUUCAGUUCCUAUUUGACUAAAUCACCUGAUUUUGUAGAACAAUCAGUUUUUUACUGGGAACAGGUGAUGGGUGGGUUUUUCAUUUUCAGUGAAAGAUUCAAGAAUUUUACUUGGGUGGUGCUGAAUAAUGUGGCAGAAUUUAUGUGCAAAUAUAAGUUAUUGUAAAAUCUGUUUCAAGUGCAUAGUUCUCUCUUUUGUUAGGCAUUUAUUAAAGAACAGAGUAGCUCCCAAAGUUUUCUUUUCAAAAAUAAUAUCUUAACAUAUGUUAUUCAAAUUAGGUAGCAUAAAGGUAAGAGUGAAAUUUAAUAAUACAGUCCUGAACACUCCUUCCUUUUAAAGAGUACUUUUGAAAUAGGCAUAUUACCCCUUAAUACUGAUUGCAUUUAUGCUAUGUCAAAAGAGGAGGGGUGAGAGCACAUGAUUUAAUAUUGUACUGAGAUAAUGUAAUAGUAAUUAUUCAGUUAAGCAUGUAAUAAAGAUUACUAUUGUGAAACAA